AUGGGGCGACUGUGGUCUCUCCCGCCCACAGCCAGAACAAUUCGGCCGCUUGGAAAAACAUUGGGCAAGGCCGCUGGGCUGUCCAAAUCCUGGCCAAUUCUGACACAAUUCCGCGCUGCUACAGUAGAUGCGGCUCAAAAUGUCCCUAAAGAGACUCCCACCCCCACAGUGCGCGUGCAAGGUCCACACAGCCAAGACCUGGACAACCACAAAUCGGCACUCCUAUCUCAACUACAGAACAUCCCACAGGACGCCAGCUCGCUCCGCAUCGAGGAAAACACCCCCUCAGACAAGGAAUGGGCAAUCCUCAGCGAGCACUUCACCAAUGUCCGCGACCUGGAAUUAGACAGCGGACAUAGUGAGGGCCUGAACGACAAGGAGAUGCCCCUGCACUGGCCGCUGGAGCGGCUCGAGAUCGACUCCGCCAGCGGCGAGGUCAUCCAGAGCCCCUUCAUCCUCCAGGGCCGCGUGAAGCACCUGGCCCUCAUUUUCACCUCGGGUCUGCGAUUCGAGGGCCCGACGAACGCAGAGUUACUGCGAACGCACCGCGCCGCCAUUGAACGCGGGGAGGCAACGCCACAGUACAUCACGGUGGGGGAGGGGACACCCGAGGAGAGACGGCUCCAGUUCACAUCGAUCCCGGAGCUGGUCGCGCAGUGGAUGACAGACAAGUACAGCAAGCCGAAUCCGCAGGUGGAGUCGGCGAACCAGCCGCCCGCGCAGGUUCUCAUGGACACCGUCGAGAUCGUGGAGAACGAUGCGCUGGACGCGCUGUGCCGGAUGGCGGUGGCGCUGCCGCAUGUGGUAGACCAUCUGCGGACGCUGACGCUGCGCUCCACGCACGGGCUGGACUUCCACUUUGCGCGGGAGAAUAUGUUCGUGGGCAUUCUGCCGCAUCUGGAUAACCUGCGCACGCUGCGGCUCAGCGUGGGCGAGAUCUUUGAGGACCCGGAGUACCUGCCGAAUCUCUACGCGAAGUUUCCGCCGAAUUUGUCGACGCUUUAUUUCCGCGGGCCGGUGUCGCUGUGUCGGUCGGAGCAGUGGGAGAAAUGGAUCGAGUCGUUUGCGUCAAAGGAGUACCUACCCAAGCUAGAGAAGCUGGCGUUUGUCCUCGACUUGCCUUCCGAGACUAGCAGGGAUGGGAAGAGAGAGGCCAAGGCACCAGAGCUACUACUUCGUGAAGCCCGGGCGGCGUGCGACCGGCUAUAUGCGGUUGCCCGAGAGCGUGGCAUCGAAAUCGAGGAGUUCCACGAUGAGUGGGCCGAUAAGCUGGAACAUCUGCGACAGGUGGAUGAGCGUUGGAAUAGCCUGUAG